GGAGAGCCAACCAAUGAAUAUGUAAACACAGCAACCCGUCAUGUUCUGCUUCGACAAGGUGUACUUGGUAUCAAAGUGAAGAUUAUGCUGCCUUAUGAUCCUCAUGGCAAGACAGGCCCUAAAAAACCUCUCCCAGAUUCUGUGUCGAUUGUUGAACCAAAAGAUGAGGUGUUUCCUUCACAACCAACAUCUGAAGUGAAAGCAUCGAAGGAUUUGCCACAACCAAUACCACUUGCGGUGUAAUUUAUAUACAAAUGUUAAAUAAACUUUAUUCUAAAUAGCUUUUGAGGAUAAUUUUUAAAUGACAUUCAUUUGUAAUAAAAUUAUUUUAAACUAUCUUUGAAGAAUAACUAUGAUUGAGGCAAUUAUCCACUGCUAAAUAUCGCUUUACCAGGAAAUCCAUGGAAUGACCCAUAUUUGUGUGAAAUAAUGAAAAAUUAUUUAGUUAA